UUUGGACAGCCCUUUCAAAGCUCCAAUUUGGACAGCGACAAAAGGUCGAAUGACAGUCUAUGAUCCCAAGUGCAGUUGUUCUGUGAUACUACCCUAGCAGCUCUACCUCGAAAUGGCUCUUCUCGAUGAUGUCGAACACAAAAGCCCGCCGUUAUUAAAAUACCGCCGUAGAAUCGGUAUAGUUCUAGCUGUUGUGGUAAUCGUUAUCUUCGUAGUUGGCUUUCUGAUCGGUUUUUUCUCGGCCCCCCGAGGUAGCAAGCACGGACCUGAACAUGGCUCCUCUAAACCCGAAGAGCAGGUCGCGUACACAGAUCGUAUGACCGACUCCUUGAGGGCUCAGAACUUGGAGAACUUUUUGAGGGAAUUCACUAAACGCCCUCACAUGGGUGGGACCGAUGAAAACCGGAAGUUAGGUGAAUACAUCCGGGACUUGUGGUUGAGUUAUGGAUUCGACAAGGUGGAGAUGCCUCGAUAUGAUGUUCUCUUGUCCAUCCCACCACGUGACAAACCCAAUGCCGUCAAGAUCAUUGAUGAGAGAACCGGGGGGGUGAUUCUUGAUGUCCAGGGCCCAGAGAAGAUUGCAGAGCCAAGCGAGAACGACACCCUUGUCGCCCCACCAUUCCUUGCGUACGCGCCAGCAGGUCAUGUGACUGGGGACCUAUUGUAUGUCAAUUACGGCUCGACCCAGGACUUCGCCAAGUUGCGUGACAUGAACUUGACCUGUGACGACAAGAUCGUUAUCUUACGCUACGGUAAAAUAUUCCGAGGUGACAAGGUUAAGAAUGCAGAGAGAUGUGGCGCGAAAGGCGUACUGAUUUACUCCGAUCCUGCUGACUACGUAGCCGCGGGCGCAGGGACAUUCCCAGACACUUGGUGGCUCCCGCCUUCAGGGGCCCAGCGAGGGACCAUAUAUGCUAACAAUGGAGACCCCCUCACCCCAGACCUCCCGGCAACGGAUGGGAUUUACCGGAUUCCGUUUAAUAAGACCAAAGGCAUCCCUGGUAUACCCGCCCAGGCUAUGACGUAUGGGGAUGCUGUGCAUUUUCUGAGUAGAAUGGGAGGAGCUGAAGUGCCGGAUGGAUGGUCAGGACGUCUCAAUAUCACCUACAGACUCGGCCCAGGCUUCCGUGACACAAACCUCCGAGUUCGCCUCGAGGUCAACAACGAGUUCGUGACGCGCUCGGCUUAUAACGUGAUUGGUACGAUUCGAGGGGCUGUUGAGCCUGAUCGCAUCGUCAUGAUCGGUAACCAUAGAGACGCUUGGGUAUUUGGUGGGGUGGAUCCGUCCAGUGGGUCAGCGGUUAUGAUGGAAGUGGCACGUGGUUUUGGAAAAUUGAUGAAGGAAACUGGCUGGCGUCCUCGUCGUACCAUCAUGUUCUGUAGCUGGGGUGUCGAGGAGUAUGGACUUAUCGGAUCGGUGGAAUGGGUGGAGGAAAAUCAGAAAACCUUGGCGGACCGGGCCGUCGUCCAUAUAAACCUUGACACCGCCGUCAAAGGAAACUAUAGUUUCUCAGCAUCCGGGAGCCCUUUACUGGCAGAGUCCAUCUUCAAGGCAACCGCCAAAACCACGGACCACAGCAAGACCCACACUGUUUACGACACUUGGAAAAGACUUCGCCCAGCUCCUGGCGGGAAUAAGCCAAUACUUGGGACGUUGGGGUCUGGGUCUGAUCAUGCGCACUUCGCAUAUUUCGUUGGGAUUCCUUCCAUUGAGAUGAGCUAUGGAUUCUACUCACACGGAAUUUAUGGGUACCCUGUGUAUCACUCGGUUCAUGAUACCUUCUACUGGCAGAAGAAAUUUAACGAUCCUCAUUUUCUGAAUUUUCUGACGAUGGCACAAGUGAGUGGGCGUCUAGUAAUGGAUUUCAGCGAACCUGCGCUACUCCCUUUUGAAUUUGGACAAUAUAAGGAGACGCUUCUCAGUGGGAUAAAAGCAUUGGAUAAAAGCUAUGGCGAUCGACUCAAAGAGAAAAAUAUCACUUUGGAGUACGUUAAGGAUGCGAUAGAAACCCUUGAGGAGGCCAUGACCAAGUUCACGGCACAGAAACAACAAGCCUCAACCACUGAAGAUUUCGUAAAGCUUCGUAUGCUGAAUGACCAAAUGAUGCUCUUCGAGCGAUCAUUCAUCUGGCCUUAUGGGUUGCCAAGGCGACCAGACACACGUCAUGUGAUCUUUGCCCCGGAGAUGCAUAAUCAGUAUGGGUCUAGUAUGUUCCCUGCAAUUGGGGACACCCUGUUUGAUAUUGAGAAGACAGGGGACUGGGACCUAGUUAAGAAACAAGUCUCUAUCAUAACUCAUAGCAUUCGCUCUGCCGCAUUGGUCUUAAGGGUCAUUUAAGAUAUAGUAACCUAGCAACCCAACCAUACGUAAGAGUUAAUGACCGAGACCCGAUGCAAUAAGCGAUAUACAUCCCGAGGCCGCAGGAUGUAUAAGCUUAUUGCCGAAGGCUCGAAGUAAUUAACUGACUUAUUACGGAUUGACAAAGGUUUCCACGCAAAAAUGUUUUUCAGAAUCUUAAUCUUUGAAGUUGAACCCUGAUUGAACAAAGAGUGGUGUGGAGGAUUAAAACCCCAUUAGCAUAUAUAUCGAAAAGUUAUUUCUUCUGCAAUUUCUACGGCAAUCAAAAAGGAAAACGAUUUUAAUAAUCAACCACAUCGGUAUUUGCUUAAUAGUCACGAAAACUAUUUCGUCCUUGAAAACAAAGGCCUUGGUAUCUUAAUUGUACCAAAUACAAAGAAGAGUUUUCCCUGCGCGGCCAGUUUAUGGCAUUUUACAAUGGGGGUAGUCUAUAUGUGUUCUUUAUUUGUAGGAAAUAACAAUCAUGCAAUAAGCAAGUGAUUUUCCUUUACAAAAGGAGCGUUUGAAUGAGAUGUGUUGCACCCUUUAGUUAGCUUAAUUAACGCUCGUAUUUUUCUGAGAUGGAGAGCGACGAAGACAUGUCCGAACUGACACAGAAUACGUUUUCGCGAGUCGAAUAGUUUCUCCCGGAUUUUGAUCUUGUCGGAACGAUCCUUGGUUCCCUGCUAGCAGAGACCUCUUUUCUCUGUAUUUCUCUGGGCUGCCCAGCGAAAUACAGAGAAAAGAGGCCUCUGCUAGCAGGGAAGAUCCUUGGAACAACAAACUGUAAUAUUACGAUUCUAAGUGAAAAAUAAGUUGAGAAGAGAAAGGACGACAGGAUUCCGGAGAACACGAAAACCAACACGGUGUGGGCUGUUCUUACCUGACAAGACUGGGCAGAAGUGAGGAAUAAGAACCAGAGCUGUGGCGGCAGGAUCGGAUAGUUUCGUAAGUUUCGAUAGUAUCAAAGGUGUUCGAUUGUAGUGUUGAUGAAGUAAUGAUAGAGGAUGUUUGUAAGGUUGAUAAAGUAAUAAAGAGCCAGGGCGAAAAAGGCAAUAAACCCCUAAAAAGACCUGCAGAUAUAAGAAAUUAAUAGUUGAAGUUUGUCAUUUUUAUGGUCCAAUAGAUUUUGGACAAUUGCAAAGUUAAGUUCCAAAUGGUUGGGUUUUGAUAUUCAGCAUGGAAGAGUGCAGGUAGUCAAUUGAUUGAAUUGCUCAUUAUAAAUGCAAGGGUUGUAUACGAGCUUCCCCUGGAUACAUCCUUGCAUUUAUAAUGAGCAAUUAAAUUCAAUAUAUCAGCCCCGUUCUUUCCUGCUGAAUAUCAAAACCCUCCCCGGGCUCUUAGCUACUUGCAUAUUAUAGAGGUUUCUACGUGAAAUAAAGCCCUAAAAAAAAACAAAAAAAAAACAAUGGAAACCGUGUCAAUCAUGUAAUAAUAGAUGAUAUUAAAUGGUAAACUCAACAAAUAUUAUUGUAUCCUAACUUAAUGAAUCCUGGGGUCCAGAGACUAAAAGUCCACUUCACCCACCCCCUGUUAGAAAGCAGCUUCUUUCUCUCUCUCCAAAAACAGCCUCUUUCUUCCAGGGUAAACUAAAUAAUAUAUAAUAACAGGAGAACAUGCUCUCCUGAUAAUAAUCAAUAAAUAUCUCUUAUGUAGCUUUA